AUGACCACAAGCCUACCGUUAACGGAUCUACGAUGGACUCACAACUACGGUGACAUCAUUUCAAAAUGGAAUGGAAGUUCUUCAAUCAAAAUUGAAGAUGUAAGAGAGCAAGAUGGUGGAGUUUAUGAAUGCUUUCCAGAUGAAAGUAUGAAUGUUGAAAACCAAGGAAUAAUGAGACUUAUUGUUAGAGCGUGUCCAUCUCCAAAAUGGAACCCUCCUUCAUGUGAAUAUGACUGUCCCGUGUGUUACAAUGGCGGUGUGUGUGAUGACAAAACGGGUCUAUGUGUCUGUCCAACAGGAUUUAAAGGAGUCAACUGUGAAACCGGAUGUGGCUCAGGACAUUUUGGGCGGUAUUGCAAUUUGGUGUGCAGCAGCACUGGGACUGACGAAAGCUGUAGGAACAAUUUAUUCUGCCCUCCAGAUCCAGUUGGAUGCAGCUGCGUUGAUGGUUAUGAAGGUCUUGGAUGUUCACAACCAUGUGGCGCUGGAUGGUAUGGCUCCAGUUGUCAACAAAAGUGCCAUUGCGAUAAUACCUACUGUGAUCGGAAAUAUGGAUGUACUUCUAGUAGUGAUUGCUGGGACGGUUACACAGGACCACAAUGCCAAGUGCUAUCAUCAGACAAAUCCUGUCCAUCUGGUUACUUUGGUGAACUCUGUAACUACUCAUGCCACUGUUCUGCAGGAGCUGAUUGUAACAGAGAUGAUGGUAGCUGUACAAAUGGAUGCAGUGAUUCAUGGGCAGGAUCCAACUGUAGCAUAGCUCUUCCCUACUUAAGUAGGCCCCCAAUCGCUACUCCAAAAGCAAGUACUAUAUUGGUUGAUGUUACCUGGACACAAGGUAAAGACUACGGUACAGGGACAAUAACAUCAUGGACCCUUUGGUACAAGAAAGAAGGUAGCAGCCAAUUCACGUCAAUUAAUUCAAACACACCUGACGUCAUCAAAAUUACUGGAUUGAAACUUCAUGAAACUGUAACAUAUUACAGUAUACUUUCGCGAUCUGUUGAAGGUGUUAAUACACCCGGACCGGGAAGUCCACAAGAAAAAAUUCAGACCACUUGCUCAGAACCAGCGAUGCCGUCACCACCGAUAAGUACUUUUAUUUCUCAAACUUUUGUAGAAGUACAAUGGAUGCUUGCCGAUGGCCUAAAAGAAAUCCAGUGUUCAGAUGUUUUACUCUACCAAGUUGGUCACCGAAAUACAAUGAUGUCAAGUCGAUCAAUUGCGAACACGACACACAACACUGAAAAAAUGAUGAGGAUAUCGGGCUUAUCGGAAUGCACCGAAUACGCAGUUGACUUAAGAGUCCUCAAUGACAAAGAAUUUAAAAGUCCAUGGAGCGAAGCUAUUAACAUCACAACGUUACCAUCAGUGCCAAUUUUUGUAUCUACAAAUUCGACAAUUUUGGAAACGUCAUUUACAAUGAAGUGGCACACUCUUGCAUCAUGUAACAGUGGAACCGACCUUUUAUAUCACUAUCGCCUCAAUUACGUGAAAAGCAAUGACGAGUAUAGAAGUGGGAACACAUCAGAUACAGAAGUAGAAAUCACAAUCAGUGAUGAUGUUGAGCCAUGUACAGAAUUUAGUUUUCACGUUUCAGUCUCAUUUAUGGAAGUAAUAGGACAAGCAAGUUCCAUAAAACUUUCAACGGACGCCGAACUUCCGGGAGUUCCAGAGAUGAUAUCAGCAGAAUAUUCUGGUGGUAGUAUUAAUGUUGAAUGGCAUCCUCCUGUAAACCUGUCUCUUAUACACAUCUAG